GGCAUAACUGUGUGAAAUCUAGUACUUGCAAUGAAGAUCAAUCAACUGACAUUCGCGGCCCUUGCCCUGUGUGGCUCAGCCCUGGGGUCUCCAACCCUCUCGGGCAGACAAGAUCAAAAAGCAGGAUACCUCUCUGUUUAUUGGACAACAAACGAUGAAAGCGUCUACUUCGCCUUAAGCGACAAUAGCGACCCACUAGGAUUCUCCCCUAUUAACAACAAUAAGCCUGUAGUGACCCCAACUGUCGGCACCAAGGCUGUACGGGACACAAGUAUCAUUGUUGGGGAGGGCGACAAUGUUGGGAAAUACUGGAUUAUUGGUACUGAUCUGAACAUCGGCUCCACGAACUGGGGCGAUGCGGUCCGCACUGGCUCACGUGGCAUAUAUGUGUGGGAGAGCACCGACUUGAUUACUUGGAGCGAGGGUGCUCUAGUGACGGUCGAGGAUAGUACCGCUGGAAUGGUGUGGGCUCCAGAUGCUAUUUGGGAUGCCGAACAAGGGCAAUACCUCGUUCAUUGGGCUUCGAAGUUUUAUUCCGCCGAUGAUACAAACCACACGGGCGCUGCGACCACAGCCAACAUUCUCCGCUACGCACACACGAAGGACUUCAAGACCUUCACCGAGCCGAAGACUUACAUCGAUAGUUCUACGGACGUGAUCGACCUGUGCUUUUUCCGGGUUGAUGACAAUACGUUCUUGCGCUCGUACGUCAAUAGCAGCGCAUCUGGUUUACCUGUGCAGAUCAGCACCAAUGGGCUGUUUGGUGACUGGUCGAGUCUCGGUACUGUUGCCGAUAGCACUAGCUAUGAAGCUCCCUAUUUCUUUGCGGAUAACAUGAGUAGCGGUAAGGGAUAUUUACUCGCCGACGUUGUCGGUAGCAACCCUGGAUUGUCCGGAUGGACGUCGUCCGAUCUGAAGAAAGGCAUCUUUAUCAAGGAUUCUUCGCACGAUUUGACUUUUAUGCGACACAAUUCCGUCCUUUCUGUUACACAAAGCCAAUACGAUGCGCUGAAAGCGAUGUGACGAACUGUCCCUGGCAGGAGUAGCAGGAUUUGAGUUCGGGGUUUCUACUUGUAUAUACUCAAGCUUGG